AAGAAAAAUCGCAAUGUGAACUGAAGCUGUGCUGAAGGAGGAAGAACAUACUGGUUUGAUGUUACUACACUGAAAACUGUCAGCCCAUUUGUUUUCAUGUGGCGCCCUGUACUUAAAAUUUAGACAUGCAGCAUUUUGUGCAUUUGUGGUUCUUCCUACUUCUUGGGAUAACACAUGUGUCAUUAACAUCAGCUCAAUCAGGUUCUCUUUGUAUUCAGGAUGGAACAGAAUAUAGUGAUCAAAGUAUUUGGAAAGUUGACCUCUGCACUCUGUGCAUUUGUGAGAAUGGAAUCAUCAUUUGUGAUAAUAUACAGUGUGAUGAGGAAUUGCCAUGUGAAGAUGCUGAAAUUCCAUUUGGAGAAUGCUGUCCUAUAUGCCCAACCGUUCCUCCAACGCAAAACAAUAAUGACAUUGAACCUACCAAGAAACCAAAUGACAUUGAACCUACCAAGAAACCAAAUCCACCUAAAAGAAAUGGCAAUGCUGGACCUCCUGGACCACCAGGACCUCCUGGACCACCUGGACCUCCUGGAAAUGGGGGCAAUUAUAUGGGAGUGAGUGGCAAAGAUGGAUAUUAUGGUCCUCGUCCAGUCGUGUGCCCCACUGAGUGCCCUCCAGGAUCUCGAGGUCCACCUGGCACAAUUGGACGACCUGGUCCUCAAGGUUACCCUGGUGCAAGGGGUGAGACUGGACCUUCAGGCUCUCGUGGUCCAGUAGGCCCACCUGGCAGAAUGGGUCCACCCGGGCCAUUUGGAAAAGACGGUGAACCUGGCAAACAAGGAAGAAUUGGUGAACGUGGACUACCCGGCCUCCCAGGCUCUCCUGGUCGACCUGGUAUGCCUGGCAUGCCUGGAAUGAAAGGUCACAGAGGUUUCAAUGGACUUGAUGGUGCUAAUGGUAAACCUGGUCUUCCAGGAACGAAGGGUGAAGCUGGUUCCCCUGGAGGCAAUGGCUUACCUGGUCCAAUGGGUCCUCGCGGCCUGCCUGGUGAGAGAGGGCGCAAUGGCUCUCCUGGAGCAGCUGGUACCCGUGGGCAUGAUGGCAGUCCUGGUAAAGAUGGUGCACAAGGCUCUCCUGGAACACCCGGUACGCCUGGUUUCCCAGGUCAAGCAGGAGCUAAGGGUGAAGCUGGUGAGAAAGGUUCUCGUGGUUCUGAUGGGACUCCAGGGUUAAGGGGUGAACCAGGUUUGCAGGGCCGUGCUGGAAUUUCAGGCCCACCGGGGAAACCUGGAAAAGAUGGAUCGCCUGGUGCUCGAGGUUUACUGGGUCCUCCCGGUCAACCUGGCAGCCCUGGUGGACCAGGUCCAAUUGGUAGUCCAGGGCCAGCAGGUACUAAUGGAGUUCCAGGUUCCAAAGGUCUACCAGGUGAAUCUGGGAAACCGGGAGCAAAAGGAGACCCUGGUCCACAGGGGGAGUCUGGAACACCAGGAAGUCCAGGUGCCCCUGGUCCUGCUGGUGAAGAAGGUAAAAGAGGUCUCCCUGGUGAACCUGGGUCAACUGGUGCAAUAGGCCCUCCUGGCGAGAGAGGACCUCAAGGCAUAAGAGGUGUCCCAGGCACAAGUGGCCCACUAGGAUUACAGGGUCCUGCAGGAGAAACUGGUCCACCAGGUCCCAUUGGGCCUAGAGGUGCUAAUGGUGAAUCAGGUCGUCCUGGAGAUGCUGGCAUCCCUGGUCAAAGGGGACUUACAGGAAACCCAGGCAAUCCUGGUCCUGAAGGUAAACCUGGACCACAGGGUCCUACUGGAGAUCCAGGUCCUGCAGGUCAACCUGGUUCACCUGGACAAAGAGGUUCACCUGGUGUCAUGGGGUUUCCUGGUCCAAGAGGAAAUGAUGGACUACCUGGUAAAGCUGGUGAUAGAGGAUUUGUGGGUAGCCCUGGUCUACAGGGUUUACCUGGAAAACCUGGAUUAGUGGGUCCUCCCGGCCAGCCUGGCACAGCUGGUGCAUCUGGUGAAAAAGGAGAGCCGGGUCCUCAAGGAUUUCCAGGUCUUCAGGGUCUAAGUGGUGCCGUCGGUCCUCCUGGUGAAAGCGGGAAACCUGGUGAGCCGGGUCCCCGUGGUGAAAAUGGUUCCCCAGGAGCGCCGGGUUCAAAAGGUCAGGCUGGUCCUGCAGGUGAGCGUGGACCCCCUGGUUCUUCCGGACCUACAGGGCUACGUGGGCUUCCUGGUGACAGUGGAUCAGCCGGAGCGCAAGGUCUUCCUGGGCCUGCAGGCCCACCAGGCCCAAUGGGCCCUUCAGGAUUACAAGGUAUGCCAGGUGAAAACGGUCAGCCAGGUGGUAUUGGGCCCAAAGGUGAAAAAGGGGAGGCUGGUCCAAUGGGAUUUGAUGGUGCACCUGGCAAAGAUGGUACCUCAGGGCGGCAAGGCCCUAUGGGUCCACCAGGUCAACCAGGCCCUACAGGAGGGCGGGGUGAGUCUGGCCCUGCUGGUCCUCCAGGUCCUAUUGGUUCUCGUGGUCUUCCUGGCGAACGAGGGGAAAUUGGUCCUAAAGGUCCUAGUGGAUUUCCUGGACCUCCGGGUCUUGAUGGUCAGCCUGGUCCUAAAGGCUCAGAUGGGAACCCUGGCCCAAAAGGCAGCUCUGGCCUACCAGGUCCUACAGGUAUAAUUGGAUUUCCUGGUCGACUGGGUCUUCCAGGAAGCAGAGGAGAGAAAGGCGAACGUGGCUCAGCAGGGCCUCCUGGUUCUUCUGGAUUUCCUGGCAGCCCCGGUCCAAUUGGUGCAACUGGACCAGCAGGUAGCGCAGGUUCUCCUGGUCCUCCAGGUCCCCCUGGUAAAGAUGGACCUGCUGGUCCAGCUGGCAAAACUGGCGUACGUGGUGAAAUUGGACCUCCUGGUAACAAAGGUGAACCAGGUAACCCUGGUGACAAGGGUUCACUUGGUGAAUCUGGACCUCCUGGUCCACCUGGCACACAAGGUCCUCAAGGAAUGCCAGGUCCACGAGGUUUGGCAGGUUUACCUGGUUCAGUAGGGAAACCAGGCCCUACAGGUCAAAGAGGACCAUCAGGUGAACCUGGCAAACAGGGUCCCCCUGGUGGUCCUGGUGAACGAGGUCCUUCUGGUACGGCCGGUCCACCUGGCAUAAGUGGAGUCCCUGGUCAACCUGGCAGAGAUGGUAAUCCUGGCUCUGAUGGACCUCCUGGCCAAGUUGGAGCAGCUGGUCCUAAGGGAGAUCGUGGUGAACCUGGUCCAGGUGGUCAUCUGGGUCACUCUGGACCUCCUGGAUCUCCAGGGCAGCCUGGUCCAUCUGGUAAACAAGGUGACAGAGGUUCCUCUGGCCCUCGAGGUGAAAGGGGCUUACCAGGCCCACCUGGGGCCACGGGACGUGUGGGCCCACAAGGUCCAAGUGGCAAUAAAGGUGAAGAUGGGCAGCCUGGAAGGAAUGGUAUCAAGGGUCAUCGGGGAUUCCCAGGUGCUCCAGGAAUGCCAGGCCCUCCUGGGAAUUCUGGAGAACCAGGCCCACCUGGAAAUGCUGGAGCUCAAGGUGCAAGAGGUCCUCCAGGUUCAACUGGUCGCCCUGGCAAAGAGGGUACCAAUGGUUAUCCAGGCCCUAUUGGUCCUCCUGGUCCACGUGGGUUACGAGGAGAAUCUGGCCCCAGUGGUCCUUCUGGUAACCAUGGCCCUCCUGGUACUCCUGGUGCCCCUGGUCCCCCCGGUCCUCCUGGCCCCUGUUGUGGAGCAGCAGACAGUGGCGGUAAGGGUGUAGUGUAUCCAGGAAGCUACUACUUUAGAGAUCAACCUAGUGAAUCUGUGAACGAACAAAGGGACGAAAUAAUAGCUGCUCUGAAAUCCCUCAACAGCCGAGUAGAUACAAUCCUGAUCCCAGAUGGAUCACAGAAGAGCCCUGCCCGAAGUUGCCGAGAUCUAAAAUUUUGCCAUCCUGAAUUCAAGAGCGGAGAAUACUGGAUUGAUCCCAAGCAAGGCUGCAAAUUGGAUGCUAUCAAAGUACAUUGCAACAUGGAGACUGGAGAGACCUGUGUGCCUUCCAACCCCAGCAGGAUUCCACGCAAGAACUGGUGGACAAACAAAAACACAGUGAGAAAGAAGCACGUGUGGUUUGGAGAGUCCAUGGAUGGUGGAUUCCAUUUUAGCUAUGGUGUCGAUGCGCUAUCAGAAGAUACUGUUGAAAUCCAAAUUGGAUUCCUUCGCCUUCUGGCCACUCAAGCAUCCCAGAAUAUCACCUACCACUGUAAGAACAGUAUUGCCUACCUGGAUGCUGAGACUGGAAGUGUGGAGAAAGCUUUAAGGCUGAUGAGUUGGGUCGAUGCGGAGCUCAAAGCUGAAGGACGCAGCAGAUUCACAUACAAUGUCCUUGAAGAUGGUUGUACCAGGCAUACAGGAAAUUGGAGCAAGACUAUCAUUGAAUACAGAACACGGAAGACUCUUCGCUUGCCCAUUGUAGACAUUGCACCUCUGGAUAUUGGUGCUGAGCACCAGGAAUUUGGUGUUGAUAUUGGACCUGUCUGUUUCUUAUAAAAUUCACUUGAGAAAAUUUUUUAUCAGUGCUUAACUAAAACCAGACACAGCCUAACUAAUUUCCAUACUGCACUUAUCCACAUGCUUUUGUUUUGGACCUCCCAGGAGGAAAUAAUGUCCAAAUCACUGCUCAUCAUUUUGACAGAAAUUAUAGAAAAUAUCAAGAUGGAAUAUGCAUGACAAGAGAAUAUUUUCACGUAAGUGUUCAAACAAUGACUUAUCUGUGGUGCCUAACACUGGGGUGAAAUCAAGAAACGUAAUUCAUGUGUUGAACAUUCCCAACAUAAAAUUUGACAAACCUUUCUUACCAAGGUGAAAAUCAAUAUGUGCAGAACUUGCCCAGUUUCAACUACCUCAUCAUUGACAGAGACUGGGGUAGGUUUGAUACUCCCACAGAAAUGUUGCACUAGUCUUUUAAAGUUUUCCAGAAGCAGUAAAUUUAAGGAUAAUUCAAGGACAGGUGCUUUGUAUGAACAAUAAAGAUAUUAUUGAUACUGCUGGUAGACCAAAGUGAGCUAAAUGUACUAAGUGCUCUGCAUUUACUAUAUGUGUUCAGCCAAUUAUUCAUUGGUGCUUGUGUUCUUGAGCCUGACUUUGGCUUUAAAUUGGUGCUAUUUUAAGUACAGACUUCCUAAAGUUUUUUCACUCCUUCAUAAUUUCUAACUUUUGCUGCAAUGACUGCUCAACAAUGCAUUCCUUUCACAUAUAUUCAUUUAUUGUUCAGUGAUAAGUCAUCAUCACUUUAUCAGCUUGAAGAUUACUGUUGGCCAUUCAUAGUUCUAAAACUCAGCAAGUGGAUAAAGGAUUUCAAAGAUUCCAUUGACUUACUUACAGAACUAUCAGUUUGUUGUGAGGUGAGGUCAGGUUUUUUUCUGUAAUGGUAUUUGAGUGCAUAUUUGUCAUAAAAAAUUAAAUAAAAUGUACUGAAAAAUUA